CACCAGCAGCAGAAAAAACGCCAUCCUCGCCUCUUUUUUUUUAUUUCCUCAUUUUGUCCCUCUGAUCUCUUUCUUCACAAUCCUCGUGUCCUUUCUGUAAGCCCAUUUUUUUUUCGGUCCUGUGGCCCUUCUUGCCUGCUUAUACAGCCGCACGAGUCACCUACACUACACACACAAGGGGGGGGCGUCAACAUCUCCCUCGCCAUAAUAAUCUCCCCCCAGCAUCAGUAACAAACGCCAUCACAAGCGCCCCCUUUGCCUGGAAUACGGCUCAUCAUGCUAGAUUGACACUGUUUACCAACUCCUAAUUCCUAUAAAUAACGACGCUUACGACAUCACCACACGUUAUAUCAGUCACCUUACUAGCAGCAUCAAACACCACACCAUGGCCGCCGAUUCCGACCCCCCGCGUCCUGCUACCGCCGACGUGACUGUCCAAGGGGCAGCCGCCGCCGACUUCGAGACCGAGCACCUGGCACGCUUCGAAUUCAGCGAGCAGGGCACAAAGAUCCUCAUGGUCGAAUGGAGCCCUGACCAUCUCCCGCAACGCAACGGCACAGCAGCAACAACCACUACAGAACCAGACGCCGAGCCGCCGUCAUCUGCCUCCAGCACCGUUGGCAGCAAGACGCCCACGCCUAAAUCGCCCACCGAUAUCCCUGACCUACCUCUCAACUCGUCCAAGGACGCUUCGGGCUGGGAGGUCUCGUGGCCCGGCAAGUCGACGGUGCUGCCGGCCCGCGACUCGUCGUCCACGUCGCCCGCCGAGCCGCCCAAGCGCCGCAUCUACUUCCUCUUGUCGCCGGACGCCCAGAUCCCGCCUACCGUGACCAUCUCGCGCGCGGGAUACCCCUCGGUGACGCUGAAGCCGCUGCCUGCCAUCUUUCCCGAGGGCUUUGACGUGGAGCCAGGUAGUCGGGGCGUCCUGCAUACGCUGUGGGCGAAGAAGCGGGCGUCAGAGCUCGAGGCGGAGAUGGAAGCUGAACUGAGAGCUAACUCAGAGGGCGUUGGGCUGCAGAUGGCCAUUGCGGAGAGAGAUUGGAUCGUCGAGAACUUCCUGAAGCCGGCGGCGUCGGCUAUUUUCCAGCGUGUGCCGAUGACGCCGAGGUCGCCUAUUGGAGGACGUCUGGGCGAGAAGCUCAAGGGUUUGAAGCUGGGGACUUCGCCGGCUGAUCUUAUCCCUAGCCCUACAGCCAAUACAUUCACGGUAAAUGCUCCGUCAAGAACACUCUCGCCUACGGGCACAGAUAUGGCCGUGUCCUCAUUUGCUGCCAUGUCCCGCGGCUCAGCGGCGGCUCCCAUGUCUCUCAAUGCCGUGGCUGCGACGGGCAAAGUCGAUGCAGCUGCUGGCGGUGGUGCUCCAGGCAUCGACACGGACGACGACGGCCUCUUUGCUCUGCCCAUGAGCCCGCGCAGCCCAGACAUGAUUCGCAGCCCGUUUAGCGCGCUCUAACAACCUUCACGGGAUGCAUGACCUUUACAGACAACGCAUUUACACCCAGCGGCAUGAGCGAAGUACUUUUCCCCUGUUUUUGUCCCCUUAAGAUGUGACUAGCAUAACAACGUUUGAUGGAUAUUCCCUUUUUAUUACCUGGCAGUUAGUUUUACGCUGCCGGUUCUGAUGCUGCGCUUUGUUUCUACCCAAAAAAUAUUCGUUAUAUACACUUUUGUUUCUCCACGGCCUCGUAAUCGCGGUGGUAGAUAGAUAUAUGGUCGCGGAGUUAAUAAUCAUAAAGUCAUACCCCCCUACUUUGUACAAUGAGAGUUAUCGCCAUCCGCCUACUCGUCCUUCGUCCCAUCGUUCUUUUCGCUCCUGGCGCUGGUAGAAUAGUACCCUCGCUUCGCGGUACUUCUUCACCCACUCGCCGACUUCGCUCUCAUCUUCGCCUCCCUCAGCUAAGAAGCUCUCUUCCAUAGCUGCACAGACCUGCGCCUGCUCGUUUGUCGACGCCGCUAGGAGUUGGUACAUGGCUGCCGGGGAGAAUGGCCGCAGGGCGUCGUCCAUGGCGCCUUGCUUGGCUUUCCAUGCGCGCUCGAGGGCAUGUGUCGAGAGUAACUGGGCCUGUGUGCUCGCGCGCUGCUGCGAGAGGGAGUGUUCGAGGUGCUGGAGGCGGGCAGCGAGCUCGGCGUUGGAUGUUAAUGAUGCGGUGAGAGAGUCGUGGGAUGCUUUGAGAGAUGGGUGGAUGGUGGAGGAUGAGUGGGUGAGGCUGGCGAGGAGUUCGGGCGAG